CCCACAGCCAACCAACACCUCACCACCAACACCACCACCCACCCAACCACCCAGCCACCACCAGUCCACUUCCAAAGCCCAAGCACCCCGAACCCAAGAAAGAAACAGAAACCAGAAACCAGACACACCAUGGCCUCCAACCCUUCAGCAGUCCUCCUCCGAAAACAACUAGCCGAGUUCAGGAAGCGACCCGUCGAAGGGUUCUCCGCUGGAUUGGUCGACGACAACGAUGUCUACGAAUGGGACAUCACCAUCUUUGGGCCAGCAGAUACGCUCUAUGACGGAGCAUUCCUGCGUGCCCGGAUGAGCUUCCCCGCCGAAUUCCCACUGCUCCCGCCCAAGCUGCGAUUCACGACUCAGAUGUGGCAUCCCAACAUUUAUCCGGACGGGACGGUCUGUAUCUCGAUCUUACAUCCGCCUGGGAACGAUGAAUACGGAUACGAGGAUGCGGGAGAACGCUGGUUACCGGUGCACACGAUCGAGUCGAUCCUCGUCUCCGUCACCGCCUUGCUCGCCUCCGAAAAGACCCAACACCGAGUCGCCCGCCAACAUCGAUGCCGCCAAGGGACCGCGCGACGAUCCCGCUAGUUACAAGAAAAAAGUCCGACGUCUGGCGCGUAAAUCGGCCGAAGAUUGCUUCGAUUAACACCCUUCCUCCAUUUCAUUUCUAAUCCGAAUAUCAUCAUCACACCAUCAUCACCAUCAUGUUUUUUUUUUCUCUUUCUCUCUCUUGUCUUCCUUUUCAGUCUAUUAAUCGGGACCAACAAUCAGUGCCGAAGUGACUCGAUCAGACAUAUGUGCUUUCCUCUCUCUCUCUCUCUCUCUCUUUCUCGACGUCCAUUUGUCUUUUACUGUGUUCCCAAAUCCCAGAAACUCUUGUGUACAUAAGCAGAUCCAUCAUCCCGCCUUGUGACAGGCUGGCCUAGCCGAGGAGCAUGUCCCGAUUGCCAAGCUAUCUCGGAAUCCGGAUGUCCAUCAUGACUGGCCACCCCCCUCCCUCCCCGCUUCUUCCCUAGGGUUCUUUCUAUUGCAAAAUCCAGACAGACCAAACACUCUAAAACAUACCCUUGUGUGCUUAGAAUGUUUAUCCUGGUCUCCUCCGGGCACUUGGAGUAACAAAGACAUUAUAGAUAGUUGGACUUGCGUUUUCUAAGAUCCUUGAUUCAAUUCUGAAU